UCUCUCUCUCUCUCUCCUUAAAGCCCACCACCUUUACGUAUCUCUCUGUUACUCUAUAUAUAUCUACUCUAUAUACAAACACAGAAACACAUCUCAGGAUUCGAAGAAAGAAGUUAGAAAACGACAAAGACCGAUCUAUCUCAGAGCAAUACACAAGACAUGAUUCAGAUAAGAAGAAAUGCAUUGAUCAAGAGAUUAUUGUACGUGGGCACAAACUCUGUCAUCAAGGGAUUCUCCUCUUCUGCAUCAUCUCAUUCAAGUUCAAGGAAGCUAGAAGGCAAAGUAGCUCUCAUCACAGGAGGAGCAAGUGGGAUUGGCAAAGCAACAGCCGGAAAAUUCAUCAGCCAUGGAGCCAAAGUUGUCAUUGCAGACAUCCAACCGCAGCUCGGGAAAGAAACCGAGCAAGAACUCGGUCCAAACGCAGCGUUUUGUCUCUGCGAUGUGACCAAAGAAUCAGACAUUGCAAACGCGGUUGAUUACGCUGUCUCUCUACACACAAAGCUUGACAUUAUGUACAACAAUGCUGGUAUCCCUUGCAAAACGCCUCCUAGUAUCGUCGAUCUUGAUCUCAAUGUUUUCGACAAGGUAAUAAACACAAAUGUACGUGGAGUCAUAGCAGGAAUCAAACACGCAGCUCGCGUGAUGAUCCCACGCAACUCAGGUUCCAUCAUUUGCGCAGGGAGCGUCACGGGGAUGAUGGGAGGUUUAGCACAACACACAUACAGCGUCUCGAAAUCCGCAGUCAUCGGUAUAGUUAGAUCAACAGCUUCAGAGCUAUGCAGGCACAGGAUCAGAGUCAACUGCAUUUCACCAUUCGCAAUCACAACAUCGUUCGUGAUGGACGAGAUGCGGCAGAUGUACCCUAACCUCGACGACUCAAGACUAAUCAAGAUAGUGCACGGCACAGGAGUGUUGAACGGAGAGGUUUGCGAACCGGUGGACGUAGCUAACGCAGUGGUUUACUUAGCAUCAGAUGAUUCGAAGUAUGUAAAUGGGCAUAACCUUGUGGUAGAUGGAGGAUUCACAACUGUAAAGAGUUUAGAUUUCCCUGCACCUGAUCAAGUUUAAUAAUAUUCAUAACUC